UUCCAUGGUAGCAGCUUCACUAACUUCCAAAACAUAGAAGAAGGUGGUUUUCAACCUUUGUGUCCAUUUUUUCCCAAUGUACCUGCCUUUCUAAAGUUAAUCACCCAGAGCAGAAUGUCGCCCGAGGGGAGCCUUCUUUUUUCCUCUCACGCACUCAUUUUCCAAGUGGCUUUGCCAUUUCUGUCCCGUUUCCCUACAGACACCCCAGAUCGGCUGUAACCACUGAUCUUUCUGACCCUGGGGCAAACCAACCUGUACUUAUAUCCUUGGUUUCAGGCUCUAGAUACAUGCGAGGAAAAAUAAGUGACUGCUGUCUGCAUGCACACGACUCUGCAAGUAAGAUGCCGUGAAUAAUAGUGAACAGAGAAAAGCCCACCAAGGGGACCCCAGGGCCGCUGGGUCCCAAAGGUGUAAAUCGUCUCCCAGCACUUGUGGCUGUGCUUCUGUAGACUCUCCUACAGAUGGUUCACCCUCAACAGUUCUUAUAUAUUUGCAGUAAAAAGUACGAGAAAACGGUAAUGAAAGAGCAGGUGAAGGGAGGUGAGGGCCUCGCAGGAAAUGAAGCGACCUUCCUGAGACCUUCGCCCUCACCAGGCCAGCGGGUAGAAGCGGCGUUCCCGGGCUGGCCAAGUGAUCCUGAGUGAGCACGUUGACCCAGAGUUGUGUGGAAUCUAUUUCUGAGUGCGUGACAAUCCCUUUCUUGGGUGGCGUGACCUUGACCUGCCGUUAAACUUUGCUGACGAGACUGCGGACGGGCGUGCAAAUCUUCAAAGGCACAGUCUGGGCCGGGGGCCUGGGGUCAUCUGAGACAGUGGUUGAGGUCAGAUGAGCAGCCGCUUCCCCACCAAACACACACACACACACACACACACACACACACACACACACACACACACGUCAAUUUUAAAACUUUGGUGUGGGAAGAAGCACCACGUUUUUCUUUCAUCCUGUUUUGUUUUGGAGUCACAGGGAUGAAGAUGGUUAACCUUCCAACAAACGAAACACACCAGCAUGGCUGUGUUCAGUGUGGAGUCUCGUCCUGCCCUCUGCCUGGCCUGUGUCUCUGCCUCCGUUGUGCGGUUGCUGUUGACUACGUAGGAACAGGCGUAUCUGAGAUCGAAUUGCUGUAAUAAUGAUUACAAUUACGGUUAUUGUAAGUGAGGCUUCCCUGCCUUCCCUGAGACACACGAGAGGAAAAACGGUUCACACGAAAUCCAGGAGUCAAGGCCUGAGGGAGGAAGGUGCCAGUGAUGGAAGGUUUCCUUUCUUGGGUUCUGUGACAGUUAAAAUUAGCUUUGGCUACAGAUACCAGGACAUCCACAAUAGUGGUUUAUGGUCCAGAGAUUUAAUUCUGUUACCUAAUCAAAGUUUGGAGGUGGACAACCCAGGGCUGUCUUUCUGCUCUGCCUCUCUUUGUGUGUGGCUUCUAUUGUCAUGGUUCCCUCAUGGUGCAAAAUGGCUGCAGGGGCUCCACCUUUCUGUUCACGUUCCAGGCCGCGGGAAGGAUGAAGGGGAGAAAAGCAAAGGGACUGGCUCCUUUAAGAGAUUUCCUGUAGGUCCCACCCAACAUUCCUUGUUGAGGUGGAGAUUAUUUGCUGAGAAUGUAAUCACCCAGCUGGAGCAGAGGCUGGAAAAUGCCAUCUUUCAGCUGGCGUGUUUCCACAUCCAAUAAUUGGGGCCUGUUGACAAGGGGAGAGGGUAAUGGACGUGCAGGUGGGCAGCGGCGGGCUCUGCACAAUUUUCUUUCCACCCCUUCCCAUUUGAUCACUCACGUGUUUGGCGCUGAGCCAGGUGUAGGAGUGGAAGAACACAGGAUGCCUGCCCUCCAGGGAACGGCUCGGUGUGGACACGGGGGCACACGUGCACCCAUGGAGCAGCGUGGACGUGCUGGCCAUCCCAGAGGGAUGCACGCCCCCUCUCUGUGUGGGACCUGCUCGGCCUGGUCCAGGGCAGUGUGCAGAGGUCCUCUGUGCAGUCUUGGAGUAGGGCAGGGUCCAGGGUCAUGGACUUGGCAAGGCCCAGGGGUGCUUGUUGAUGCAGGUAAAGUGCUCAGUAAGACCAGGCGCGGAGCACAUGCGCCAUAAGCGGCCGGCGUGACUGCUGCCGUGUGGGGUGAAGCCGGGACGGAGGCCGCAGGGGACUUGGAACCCGGGGAGGGCCCAGCCGCCCCCUGACGUUUACUGAGAAGCUGCUGUGCGCGGCACUGUCUCAGGUGGCAGGGACGCAGCGGGGAACGAGGCAGGGCCCCGCCCACUCUCAUGGGGCUCGUCGUCCGGACGUAAGGGUUUGCGAGAAGAAAGAAGACUUCCCUGUGGUUUGUGGGGUCUCUGCUGGUGGUGUCCAUCUCCAUCCUGACCGUCGGCCUCGCUGCCACCACCAGGACGGAGAACGUGACCAUGGGCGGCUACUACCCUGGGAUCAUUCUGGGCUUCGGAUCCUUCUUAGGAAUUAUUGGCAUCAACCUGGUGGAGAAUAGAAAGCAAAUGCUGGUGGCGGCCAUCGUGUUCGUCAGCUUCGGCGUGGUGGCCGCCUUCUGCUGCGCCAUCGUGGACGGCGUGUUCGCUGCGCGGCACAUCGAGCCCAGGCCCCUCACCGCAGGAAGAUGCCAGUUUUACUCCAGUGGGGUCGGCUACCUGCACGACGCCUACCAGACGGAGGUGACCUGCCACUCCCUGAACGGUAGAUGCCAGCUGAAGGUGAAGAGUAACACCUGCUACUGCUGCGACCUCUACGACUGCCACAGCACCGAGCACCCGCCCACCUACUACGAGUUCGUGGGCGUCCGCGGCUGCCAGGACGUGCUCCACCUCUAUCGGCUGCUCUGGGCCUCGGCAGCGCUGAACGUCCUAGGCCUGUUCCUGGGCGUCGUCACCGCGGCCGUCCUGGGGGCCUUCAAGGACAUGGUCCCGCUGUCCCAGCUGGCCUAUGGCCCGUCCACAGCUCCUCAGGCCCUCUACAACCCCGCCCAGCAGAUCCUGGCCUCCACGGGCUUCGGCCCGGUGCCCCCGGCUGUCCCCACCUGCUCGUCGUACCCGCUGCCCCUCCAGCCCCCUGGUGGCUUCCCGGCCUCACCUGGCUCCGACCUCUCUCUGUCCGAGGAUGUGCAGCCUCCGUCCCAGCCCGGCUCCAGCUGCCGGCCCCCCCCGAAUGCCCCCCCCAUCUUCGCCCUCACCCACUUCCUCCCCGGGGAGAAGCCUCCCCCCUACGCACCGUGAUGCAGAGGGUGGAGACUGAAAACAAGUUUUUGUCUUGUUAGAAAACAGAGCAGCUUCUACGAACCCUGCUUCUGUGGCCAACCUCCUGGAGAUGCCGAGCCCUCCUCCCCUCCCUGGGCACAUCCGGGCAAGGAGAGGCCGGACCUGCCCUGGCGGGCGGGGAGCCCUGGUGGCUAAGGCCACCUCACCCUGUGUGAAGCCACACACGAUGCCGUGCUAAAAUGCCCGCCGGAGCCGCCUUGCUCUGGUGGCGUCACUUACAAAACAGUUUCAUUUUCCUCCUAAUUCGUUAGCACUAUUAUGAUCAAGGGGACUGCGGCAGGUGCCCCCGUGUGAGGACCACUUUCGAGGAAACGCGCUGUGUUUGUAUUUAUAUGUGUGUCCCCGGCGAGGGCAGGGUCACCACCCUCAGCGCUGCACUCCUGGUCCCCACGCACUCGAGUGAAAACUUGUCCCAGCUCAAAUAUAAGCGCUGUUUCCAAGG